AUGUUGUUCAUUCUCACAACUGUACUGGCACAUGUCGCCCAGGCGCAUGUGGUUGUCACCUACCCAGGCUGGCGAGCCAACAACCUCGUCACGAAUGCAACCUUUCCCUUUGGAAUGCAGUGGAUGUAUCCUUGCGGCGGCGUCUCCCCAACCACCAACCGCACCUACUGGCCCAUCUCUGGCGGCGCCGUCGCCCUCCAGCCCGGGUGGUUCCAAGGCCACGCGACAGCCCUCAUCUACAUCAACCUGGGCAUUGGAGAGAAGCCGGAGAAUUACUCCUUCCCCCUGACCAAGUUUUACAUCAACGGCCCGACGAACAACCCCUACCCGGGCACGGUCUGCAUCCCGAAGCUGGACGUUCCGGGGACGGUGUGGUCGACAAGAAUCAAGAGCGGUGAUCGGGCGAGCGUGCAGGUUGUUGAGGCGUCGAGCCAUGGGGCUGGGCAGUUUAGUUGCUCCGACAUCAUUUUCACCGACGACCCUGCCUUGGUUCCGCAGGUGAAUGAGACCAACUGCUUCAACUCGACCGAGAUCAAAGUGUCGAGUGUUUACCUGCCCGGGACGCCGCCGAAUGAGAGCUGUAGCACGCCGAGCGUAGGGGAGUCGGGGAGGGGAAAUCUGUUCGCUGGGGUGGACACACCGGCUGCUGCUGAGACGAGUGUUGCGACGGGUGGUGCAGAGGGGUCGAGAGUUCCAGUCAUGAUGAUGAACUUGGUCGUCGUGGUGGCUGGGGCGCGAUAUAUUGGCGGGUUUUGA